GCGAAGUCACGGUAAACAGUCAUCUGCGCCAUAAUUCCAGGCCAGGACGCUCAGGACGGGAACAACCUUGUAUCAUACCCUGCUCGAUUGCUGGCCACCAGCACCCUCCACGACACACGACAGAGCCUUUCGAACGUACCCACAGCCUCGAGGACGACAUGCCGAUUGCAGGUCGUCGUGGUGGCGUAACCGCGAAGUUCUACCAGGAGGACAUCGUUAGGCGAAAGGACGACCCGGCACUAUAUGGCAUCGUUCUGCGAUGUUGGCACGAUGCAGAAGACCUACCACCGCCUGCGGAGAACGCAGACCCAUUAAUGAGACCACUGAAGCCGGGCGAGGUCGGCGUCUCUUACUUUCCUCGCCCUUCGCGUGAGAUCCUGCCCGAGUCCCAACUGGAGCUUGUCGACCGGAAUUACCAGCCCGGCGACUUGCUCAAGCGGAGUGUGGACGAUGUCGUCUCGGGAGUCGUGACAGGAAUCGAGGUCAAGGGCCGCCUCGAACAUGCGAUUAGCGAAGAACCACUAUCAGAAUGGAAGACCACGAGCGAUGUACAGACCGCCAUUGACGUGGAUAUGGGUGAUUAUGUCGUGCACGACGACUGGAUCGGCCAGAUGUUCGACGAAGCCGUGAUAGACAUGGGCAACGGCAACCUCGUCCGCGUCCCGGAGCUUAGUGCCCGUCUUGCCGUGGGGGAGAAGGGAUCUGACGUUCUACCGCAGCCCGUGUCUGGCGUGCAAAGUCUUUUUGGCUUUCUGUUGGGCAACGUGCGCCCCAGCAACCAGGACACAGUGGUUGCAGUCAGGCGCACAGUACUCGCCAUCGCAUGGUUGGCGAUCAACCAAUCGCUGGACCCCAAAGAGGCACAGUCUCGUCUGCGUCCGGCCCGCUUCUGGUCCGGUCCUUCGCUCAGCACACUCACCCUCGUUCGCCGACGAGCAGAACAGGCCAUCCGUGUAGGAGACCGCGUCGUCCUAAAGGACUCCACUGGAGUCCCCGUCACCAAGCACGGCAAAGAAGACGACCCUCGCCACAUGCUCCAAGUACGGACGUUUAUUGUCAAGGAGACCCAAACGCUCGUGAACGUGCUCUGGCAAGACGGUACGCGGGAGGCACUGGACGCGAAGCAGACCAUCCCGUACCUGAACCCCGACGAGUAUGACUGCUGGCCGGGUGAUCAUGUCAUCUGGAAGACCGAAGACCAGAAACGAGCAGCAAUUGUCCAGAACGUCAACGCCGUCGACAGGAUCGCCCACGUCCGAUGCGAAGACAACGGGCAGGUCGAGCUCGCGUCUCUUCUCGAGCUCGACCCGCACGCGGACGUGACGAACGGCGCAGAACCACCGAUGGUGCCCCGGAUAGGCGAGGUGGAGGAGUGGGUCCGUGAGCCGCCUGUCAUGGCGGAGAUUGGCAACAAGAUUGCGGAACGCCGCGGAAAGGACCCGACUAUCGAGGAAGGUGAGCUGCAGCGCCCGCAGAAGGGGGACACGCAUCUCGACUGGUUCGGUGAGGUCGUUGAUCUGCACAUGGAUGGGACCGUCGAGGUCGUUCUUCCCAGUGGUACCACGGAGAUCCUGCCGCUCCAGCGACUGACCAAGCUCGCGGACGGUCUGGAGCAGAUCGAGGAACUUUGGGGCGAUGACGUCUCGGAAGGCGAGGAGGGGAGCGACAUCGACGUCGAGGAGGACGUCGAAGUCUGGGAGAUGGACGGGGAGGGACAAUGGGUCGGGAUGGAGGACGAGGAGGACACCGGGGACUGGUCGACGGACGAAGGCGAGGAAGACAACACCAUGGAGGUCGACGACGAAGAGGGAUGGUCAUCGUCAGACCCCACCGUGCACCACCAAGACCACGAGGUACCCCUCGCAGUGGCGUCCGAAGCUGGUCCCGCAUCGCCAGUCGAGAAAGUGGACAGUACCUCCAAAUCCGCUAGGCCAAAAUCGCCCGACGUACCACAGGACGCGACGGAGACGGAUGACGCGGAGGCAACUGACGCGGAGGACCGCGAUGAACAUUGGAAACGAUUCGAGGUCCUACCGUCUGCGCCCGCUGACCAUGCGUUCUACUCGUCGCCUCCCGCCCAGACUCGCGGGGAUUCAUGGCACAGCAGUCUACCAGAGUCUAUCCUGAUCCGAGCAUACGAAGACCGAACAGAUCUUCUGCGAUGCUUGAUCAUUGGACCAGAGAACACGCCAUAUCAAGAUGCCCCUUCUCCACCUAUCGCGCACUUCCUGAGCUGGACAAAUGGGAAUGGCAGAGGUGCUAACCUCUAUGAAGAGGGUAAGGUCUGCUUGUCCAUUCUCGGCACAUGGGCCGGCGACAAGAGCGAAACGUGGAGUGCCUCAAGAUCUUCGGUAGUGCUCGUCAGGGAGCCCUGGUUCUGCGAACCUGCCUACGAGAAGCUUAGGGGUACAGAAGAAGGAAUAGUGAACAGCCGGUUGUACAGCGAGAAGGCCUACGUGCUCUCUCGUGGCUUCGUCCGUCGGGCACUAGAGAUCCCCUUGGGCGGCUUGGAGAAGGAGAUUUACUGGUUCUACUACACGAAGACCAAACUGGCGAAGGUGCUGAGCGACGCUCGUGCAUUGAUCGAGAAGAGCAAGCUCUCGAAAGAGGAGACAGAGGCCGACCGGGAACUCGCCGUCCCGAGAUUGACUGGAGGAGGAAUCAUCGCAUUGGAACGGACACUAGCCAAGCUUCAGGCACUACUGGACAACCCUCCCAAGCCACCCGCUACGCAGAGUUGAACAACGCGAGACUGUGGCAACGGUCACGGUAGUGGGCACAGGGGUAUUUCGUUGCAUGUUAUCUGUUUUAGUGCAUUGCUGUUGUUUUCAUAGUCAACCUAGCAUAGAGCAAUCUUAUGAUCCUAGCAU